AUGUGCAACUCCUCUUGUGGCUCCUGCUGCUCUGGCCAGGACUGUGGCUGCUGCCAGCCCAGGUGCUGCCAGACCACCUGCUGCAGGACCACCUACUGCCGCCCCAGCUGCUGUGUCUCCAGCUGCUGCAGCCCCUGCUGUGGUGGUUCCAGUGGCUGUGGCUCUAGUGGCUGUGGCUCCUGCUGCUGCCAGCCCAUCUGCUGUAGGACCACCUGCUGCAGGACCACUUGCUGCUGCCCCAGCUGCUGUGGGUCCAGCUGCUGCAGCCCCUGCUGUCGUGGUUCCAGUGGCUGUGGCUCCUGCUGCUGUCACCCUACCUGCCUCCAGACCACCUGCUGCAGGACCACCUGCUGCCGACCCUGCUGCUGUGUGGCCAGCUGCUGCCGCCCAAGCUGCUGCUGCUAG